CAUAUUUAUGACCAUUAAUAAUCUCUUCCUGUCCCAGAUCGUCUCAAGUGAGAAAUUUACGGACCUCAGAUCGAUAGACGUGCAUCUCACACAACCCUGGAUUUUGGUGGGUCAUGGCAAGCUUCUUUCGAUGUGGGACUACAAGAGGCAGGAACCAGUGGUUGCAUUGGGUGUCGUGGGGGCAACGAUAGUUUAUUCGGUUAGGUUCAUCCCUCGACGUGAUUGGUUCGUAGCCGGGGAUGAUAAUGGAUACAUUCACGUGUACUUGUGUGUUACAUGGAAAGAAGUUAAGAGUUUCCAAGCUAGAGACGGUGGUAGCUCUGAUGUCACAUCACUGGCGAUUCACCCUACCAGCCCGUACCUACUAUCUGCGUGUACAGACGGCGUGGUCAAGCUGUGGGACUGGGACAGUGGCUGGGAAUGCAUUCGAACAGUUCACUCAACUGCAGGUUUGAUGCAAGUUAAGUUUAAUCCCAAGGACACCGACACCUUUACUAGUUGUUGCGCAAAGGGUACAAUGAGAAUGGAGAUCUGGUCCAUUUAUCCUUCCGAUGAGCCUAUCGCUGCAAUAGAACAAAAUUCGUCCAGCCUCUAUGAUCACGUUUUCACCGAGGGUGAUCAGAACCAUGUGGUUAUGCUCAUCCAUGGUCUGGGUCUACAGGAAAGUUUUGUUGUGUGA